GAUGCUCCAAAAGUUGCUAGUCGUGCCUCUGACCUUCAGUUUCCGCAGGCUUGGAUAUCUCAUUCCACGAACGAGUGUGUGCAGACGGAGACAGAGAGGACACGCACCGAAGCUUGGGAUGCGACCAUGGCUGGACGGAUAGAGAAGUGGGCAAAGAAGGAAGGCAUACAGCCGUCAGGCCCAGGUUCUACCGUGGAGGCGACCGCCAAGGUCCGGCCGUUUCUUCGCGAGGUCUUCGACAAACUUAAGAUCCGCACAUUCCUCGAUGUGCCCUGUGGAGAUAUGACGUGGAUGCCUGGCGUCGAGUACAUGGGUGGCGACAUUUCCCCAUCUCUGGUGGCAAGCAACCUUCGAUCCUUCGCAUCGGAUGCCAAGUUCGCUAACAGAUUUGCAGUGUUUGACAUUACUUGCAUGAUCCCGCCCAAAGUGGACAUGAUCCAUACUCGCGAUGUCUUCAUUCACCUCGAUUCGAACUUGUCCAUGCAGGCCUUGCGUAACUUCGAAAGGAGCGGCUCCAAAUAUGUUGCGAUCCCGAAUUGGCCGUCGUUGGAUGGAUCUUCCAACGAGUACCACCCGAAAGGACAGGCAUAUGACAAUGUUCAUCGUUACAAUCUGGAGCUUCCUCCAUAUUGUUUGCCAUCCCCCAUGUACUCCUCGCAGAACCUUGGAACUGAUGGGCUGAAUCUGCUCGGAGUGUGGGAGUUGCCCGCCCUUGGUCGCGGCACCCGCCCAGGGUGCCGCUAG